AUAUGUAAGAUUUUAUACAUUGUUUUUUUAUAUGUAGUAGAAUAUCAUAAAGCAAUAUAUAUGUUGCCCUACAUAAUUAAUUACUCUACAACAAAUGUAACUACAAAUAUUAAUUCCUAACUAACAUCAUCGUCACAUAGCUACACAUACAUUUACAUAUUUACCAAAUUUAUUAAAUCAAAAACCAACCAAAUAAUAAUUCAUAAAUAAAACUACACCCAACUAAUUUUAUCAUAAAUAAAUAAAUAAACUACUCCUCAAAAUCAACAACUAUACUUAUUAUUAUCAUUACUUUAUACAUAUUAUAUAAACCCAACUUGUUAUAUAUCAUUUUCUUCCUCAUGCCACCAUGGAAUUCUACAACCAAAAUUCAGAUGAUAUCCUUAGCACUAUAUACGAAGAGAGAAGUUACACAAAUUCAAUUGAAACCCCAAGAAGUAUCAAUCUCAAUCAACAACAACAACAACAUCAUCAUCAUAAUCAUAAUCAUAAUCAAUACUAUGAUGAAAUAUAUGAUGACGAAUUAUACCACAAUGAUAAUGAUCAUGAUGAUAAUGAUGACGAUGAUCCUUAUUAUUUUAGCCCAUUAGCUUCUUCAAGCCCAAACCAGGCCCAUAAUCAGGCCCGGCCCAGUUUAAUCCCACCACCGAGUCCAGAAUCGCCUUGGACUUGCUCACCACUCCAAACACCUUCUCCUUCUCUCCUUUACCACUGCAUUGCCUCACUUCACCGCCACGACGGGACUAUAUACUCAGUCGCGGUAUCAAACGGCGUCGUUUUCACCGGCUCAGACAGUACGAGAAUCCGCGCGUGGAGACCACCGGACUGUGUAGAGCGUGGGCUUUUAAAAUCCACCUCGGGUGAAGUGAGAGCUAUUUUAGCCUACGGUGAUAUGCUUUUUACUUCUCAUAAGGAUCUCAAAAUAAGGACGUGGAAUUUCGCUGUCGUUUCGAGUAAUUUUCUUUUCAAGAAAUUGUCGUCUAUACCGCGAAAACGACGGAGUUCGCUGUCGUUUCAGUUAUUUUCAUCGAAACCGAAAUUAUUAACCGAACGACAUAAAGAUUGCGUUUCGUGUUUGGCUUAUUAUCACGCGGAGGGAAUCCUCUACACAGGGUCACACGAUAGGACAGUGAAGGCUUGGCGAGUUUCAACUCGGAAAUGUGUUGACUCGUUCGUAGCUCACGAAGAUAACGUUAAUGGAAUUUUGGUUAAUCAAGAAGACGGUUGUGUAUUCACUUGUUCAUCCGAUGGAUCUGUAAAGAUCUGGAGAAGAAUCUACAGAGAAAACUCUCAUACUCUCACUAUGAUUCUCCGAUUCCAACCUUCUCCGGUCAACGCCAUAGCUCUGAGCUCAUCCUCUUCUUCGGGAUCGGACGCUGGUGGUGGUGGAACGGGGUUUCUGUAUUCCGGAUCUAGCGACGGGACCAUAAAUUUCUGGGAGAAAGAGAGAAUGUCGUACAGAUUCAACCACGGAGGGUUUUUGCAGGGUCAUCGGUUCGCGGUUCUGUGCGUUGUGGCGGUGGAGAAGAUGGUGUUUAGUGGAUCGGAGGAUACGACGAUUCGGAUCUGGCGGAGAGAGGAAGGGAACUGUUUGCAUGAGUGUUUGGCGGUGUUGGACGGUCAUCGUGGGCCGGUGAGGUGUUUGGCGGCGUGUUUGGAGAGAGAAAAUCUUGUUAUGGGUUUAUUCUUGAUUUACAGUGCGAGUUUGGAUCGGACUUUUAAGGUUUGGAGAGUAAAGAUUUUGCCGGAGGAGGAACCGGAGCCGGAGACGGAACCGGAGAAUAGGAGUGUUUACUGUGGUGGUGGUGGUGGGUCCGAGUUUAGUAGUGAGUUGGAUCGGAACGAUUCGAGGAGUAGUAAUAAUCAGUAUUAUUACGAGAAUAAUAAUACGACUAGUCCUGUUUUGUCACCUUCUUGGGUUCAUGUUAAGAAGAGUGCGCAGGUUAAGCAUUUUUUUCAGUAGGAGAAAAAAAAUACUUCUUAAUUAUGAUUAUAAAUUUAUAAUUUAUACAUACAUAUUAUAUUUGUGUUUGUUAUUUGUAUUAUUAACUUAUUUACUUAAGAUUAAUUAAGCUAUAUUACUAUUUUUUUCCCACGAAAAUAAA